UUCAUCUGAGCGAUUUCACUCUUGUCCUUAGAGAUAACCCGAAGCUAAAAAUGGCAUUCGCCGGAAUCCUCAAUGAUGCUGACAUCACUGCAGCCCUUGCGGCUUGCCAGGCUGCCGACUCCUUCAAGCACAAGGAAUUCUUUGCCAAGGUCGGUCUUGCCAAGAAGUCCGCUGAUGAAGUCAAGAAGGCCUUCGCCGUCAUUGACCAGGACAAGAGUGACUUCAUUGAGGAGGAUGAGCUGAAGCUGUUCCUGCAGAACUUCUCUGCCUCUGCCAGAGCUCUGACUGAUGCCGAGACCAAGACCUUCCUCAAGGCCGGCGACUCUGAUGGUGACGGCAAGAUCGGAGUUGAUGAGUUCGCUGCCAUGGUCAAGGGUUAAAUUAUUUAACUGACCAACAUCUUACUCUAACACUCUAAAGGAACAACUUGAGCCAAGACUAACUCCUCCUCUCUUCUUCUCCUCUUCCCUACCACUCUCUCUCUCAACUCUCCAUACCACUUUUAUACACUUGACCUUUCACCCCUGACCUGACCGUAAACAGACUGCGACCCCUCGCUCUCUCUCUCUCAUUGGCAGUGCACACCCCUUUGCUGUCUAAGAUGAAUGUACCUGACUAAGUGUAUGGCAUGGUUGACUUGUGUCUUUCUCUCUCUCUCUCACUUCUGUCGUCGUUUUACUAUGCAAGUUUUAGCUUACUAUGAGAUCAGUAAUGAUGCACUUUUAUGGGAAACGGACUGACGAUGAGAAAACAAUAAAGGUUCUUUUUCAGUAAUGAAA